AUGAAAGCAGUGCUAACCGGAAUCAUUCGUAGAUACAUUAUAACAUUCCCUAAAGACGGAUCCGAUGCGCCAGCUAAUAAUAAUUCAGGGCGAGAUGACGACGCUGCUGAGGCAGCUGGGUACAACGACCGAGACGGCGAGGGCAAACAGGGCAAGAAACGCCGCGAAAAGCAAAAGGGCAAAAAUACAAACCGUCGCUUUCAGAGAUCGCAUGAUGAGAAGGGUCUAUGCGGAACCAUUACACAUAACCCAGAAUUCUCGCCAAAACCGUGCCAGUAUGGUGAUAAUUGCAAGUUCGAGCACAAUCUACGCAAGUAUCUGAAGGAGCACAAAAAGGCGGAUCUAACAACUUUUGGCGGAAUUUGUCCUGUCUGGGAUGCCUUCGGUGUAUGCUCUGCAGGCUGGAGGUGUCGGUUUGUUGGGUCGCAUAUGGCUGAGCGAGAACACGAGGACGGAAGGAAAGAGCUGAUUUUAGUUGAAGAUGAAGAGAAGAAAAAGAAGGCCCUAUCAUCUUCAGCGACUACCUCCUCGAUUAAUGCCACAGAAUUGGGAGUUGUGAACCUGGUAUCAACGGAGAAUAAACAGUUGAUGACAAGGAAGAAGUACCUGACACCUAAGGCGGAUGCGUUCAAUGAUUGGAUCACGGUGACGUCUAAGGAGCUGGAAGAGCGAUUUCACGGGCGAAACUUCGAAGAGGAGGAAGCUGACGGUAAAGAAACAAACGGUAAGGAAGAGACAAACGGCAAUGGCGAGACCAAGGCAAAAGAGAGCUCUGAAGAGAAUAGAGCUCGAUAUACAGAACCGCCUUUUCUACCGUCAGAAAAGAGAAGACUUUACUUUGGACCCGAGACGCCUGUCCUUGCACCAUUGACGACCCAGGGAAACCUGCCAUUUAGGAGGCUGUGUGUUGAGCUAGGCGCCCAGUUUACAUACUCUGAAAUGGCCAUGAGCCUGCCGUUGAUGCAAGGCACCAAGGGAGAAUGGGCGUUGAUGAAGGCCCAUGAAUCUGAGAUUUUACCCCCAACAAUAUCACCCAAGCAACCCGUCGUUAAGGGAUACGAUCACUCUCGCGAUCUCAAAUUUGGAGCCCAGAUUGCAGGAAACAGGCCAUGGCAAGCAUUGAAAGCUACGGAGAUCCUCACCGCUCUCUGUCCGCAUCUCCGUGUCGUUGAUCUCAACUGUGGUUGUCCAAUAGAUCUCGUUUACCGUGAUGGAGCCGGCUCUGCACUUCUGGAACAUCCGUCUAAGCUGGAGAAGAUCCUCCGUGGUAUGAAUGCAGUUUCAGGGGAAGUCCCCAUCUCUGCCAAAAUCCGCAUGGGCACAAAGGACAACUAUCCCACUGCGCUCAAGCUAGCGGAGCGUCUGGUUAUCGGUGGUUACGAGUCCAACGAACUUGGACAAGGGCCAGCGGGUAUCGGCGCACUCACUCUGCAUGGAAGAAGCCGUCAGCAGCGGUACACGCGUGAAGCCGACUGGGAGUAUAUAUCCGAAUGCUCAGCGUUGGUCAAACGACUUAAUACAAAGAGAGAUGAGGUCUCUGAUACCGUCCGGGAGCCAGAUGAAAGACUUCUACCGCCAGGAGGGAAAGUAUACUUUAUUGGAAACGGAGACUGCUACUCACAUGCAGAUUACAACACUGCCAUUGACAAGUCUGGCGUUGACAGUGUAAUGGUAGCACGAGGUGCGCUAAUCAAGCCUUGGAUCUUUGAAGAAAUUCAAGCCGGUCAAUACUUGGACAAAUCGUCCUCUGAGCGACUAGCGUAUAUUGAGCGCUCCGUGAAGCACGGCCUUGAGGCAUGGGGAUCUGACGAGCACGGAAUCGGAACCACAAGACGAUUCUUGCUGGAAUGGCUGAGCUUUACUUGCAGAUAUGUUCCAGUCGGUAUCCUGGAAUACCUUCCGCCCAAGAUCAAUGACCGGCCCCCUGCAUGGAGAGGCCGUGAUGAUCUGGAGACACUGCUCUCAAGCGACAACUAUCUUGACUGGAUCAAAAUUUCGUAA